AUUGAUUUAUUCCCAUUCCCCAACAUCCCUCCACUUCCAGUCCCAAUUCAAGCUUCAGCACUUCUCAACGUCAGCAAUCUGCCCGUCUCCCUUCACGCGCAGCCAUCUCCAUCUCUGGUUAUUAUAUUCCUGCUCUGGUCUCUGACAAGAACAUUUCAAGAGAGAAUGGCAAGCAAGGCUGCCAAAUCUGUGGCGAAAGCCAUCAGCGAGUAUCAGUAUCCAUGGCAGGAGAAGAUGGCCAAAUACAAGAAUGAGCUGUCCAAAGGUGUAUGGGGUUACUGGGAACUAGGAGCAUGGAAGCCACUGGGCAUAAGUGCACGUCACCGUGCGAGACUUCGCAAGGAAGUACUUCUUGCUGGGCAGGAUUGGGCAUACGAUCCAGAGAAGAAAGAGAUGAGAACCAAGAGGAAAGGGCACAAGUGUGAUAGGAUAGCUGCAGAAAAACGAGAAAACACUGCCAGAUUGAUGGAGAAAAUGCCAGACAUGUUGCUUGAAUACAAGAAGCGCAGGUGGGAGAAGAAGAUGAAGGAAGAAGAGAAGAAUAAUAAGCAAUAAACGGAUAUGGUUGGUUUUUUGUUACUCACUUUCUCAUCCAUGGAGAUAUUGCUUUGUUAUCUAAAGUUGGAUUAGAUAUCACUUUGUUGUAGACUUGUAGUCAUUACUAAUCUAUGAUUUUAUAUUUUUUUGUUAUCUUUUACAUCAAAGUGAUAGGAAGAGAAUUGAUGUUUGUAUUGAGAUAAGUAAAAGAUUGCAAAAUGAGGAAGAAUUAUAGAGCAAUCUCCUAGUUCCCCAAUUCGUAGCUUGGAACAUUUACCCCAAUAUUUAGCAUUUGUCUAAUCCCGAUUCUACCAA